UUAAGUUUUCUGAUAAUUAUGACAGCAUUGGUACUUUUCAUGGUCUUAUCCAGCUGGUACGAUAAAUCAAUCAACUACAAACAAGAUGUCGUCCAUUACAAAAGUGCUUUGACAAAUAAAAAACAAUCAUUUCUGGUGUCGUUCUCGAUACUUCGGAACUGGUAUCGUUUAACAUCCCGUUCGGAAGACCCAUUCAGUAGGGAUCUCAGAUUUCUGCAAGCCAUUCGAUUCUUCACGAUGUACCUGGUCAUAUCGGGGCAUUCUGCGUUGGUGUUUUUUGUGCUUCCCACGCAGAAUGCUUCCAAAAAGGAAAUGCUGUACCACAAAAUUGGAACCAUGAUCCUGACCGGAGGGGUUCAAAUCACGCAAACCUUCCUCGCCAUCAGUGGAUUCCUGCUGACGGUUCUGGUGAUGAAAUACGCCGAAAAACGACAGUCCAAACCGGGAAUCUUAUUCUUGUUGAAAGCCACCAUCUACCGGUACAUCCGCUUGACCCCGGUUUACGCGUUCGUGAUCCUUCUGCACGCCACGUGGCUGUUCCGCAUGCAGGACGGACCUCGCUGGAAGCUGGGAGUGGAAACCGAACGGGCCUUUUGUCGACGCAACUGGUGGACCAACCUGCUGUACGUCAAUAACUACGUCCACGCUGAUCAGCCGUGCGUUCAGCAAGGAUGGUACCUUGGAUGUGACUACCAGCUGUUCAUACUGGGAAGUUUGCUGAUGAUCCUGAUCAUAAAGUUUCGCAAGUUCACGAACCUUAUCGUGUCGGUGGCAAUCGUUCUGGCGUACGUGAUUCCGGCCCUGUUCAUCUACUAUCAGGAGUUAGAAGGUGUCUUCCUGGUAACACCUCACGCUCAGCGGUUCGUAUUAUGGUUCGAUCAGUACUAUCAGAAGUCGUACAUUCCUCUACACAUGAAUCUCGGCAACUAUCUUGCUGGGAUGCUAACUGGACUCGUAUAUCUCAAUCUCCAGAAGAACAACAUCAAUCCUGUUCAGAAAAGGUGGUUCCGGAUUGUGUGGUUUCUAAUCGUUCCGACGGCCAUCGCUAGCCUCCUAAUACACUACAUCUUCUACGUGAACGACUUCGAGAAGCCUUCGCUGUGGAUGGCCAUCUACUUCCCGGUUUUGAAGUACACCUGGGGCAUUUUCAGCGGACUGUUCUUGAUUGGGUUUGUCUAUGGAGUGGCACCAACUAUGAAACGAAUCUUCCACCAUCGAGUGUUUGAACCACUGGGACGUCUAACCUACAGUGCAUACUUGAUUCAUGUUUCCGUGAUGCGACUGUUUGUGCUCAGCAAUCGAUCGGCGAUCCACUUCAACCAUAUCGGAUCGACUGUGGUGACUCUUGCUUCCUUUGCGUUUUCCUACAUGAUAGCACUGUGCUUGUGCUUGGCAUUGGAGUUGCCCGUUUCUGCGUUACAAAAGCUGAUGUUUGGCAGUAUGAAAGAUGAAUCCGACAAGAAUGACGAAACGGAUCCGGGCAGCAAUGGGACUUUGAAAGUUGGGAAUGGUACUGCAAGACAGGAGCCUCGUUCAGAUGUAAAUAAUAGCGUAUGAUGAAUUAGUUAAAUAAAUGCAACAU